CCAUGAUUGGUUCAAAUAGUCUAUUAAAAUAUUUUUAAUCACUAAGUAUUAACUACAAUUUAUGUAACAAGAAAUAUGAAAUUAUUAAAUCAAAUUAGAAAUAUCACACUACUAAUGUACCAUAAAUUUCAUAAUUUAUUUAAUUCAAAUAAUAAAUCUUUAGCAUAUUUUAUAAUUAUCAUGUUUAUUACAAUUUUGUAUUAUUCAAUUCUAAUGAAACUAAUAAAUCCUGAAGUUACAUAUAUAAUUGCUCCAACUUCAUCUGGGGUAUUUAUACAAUUUACAAACAAUUCAUUAUCAGCAAAUUAUACUACUGAAAUUGUGACACAUCGUAUAACUAGUUCAACCCCUAUAAUUACCACUAAAACUUUUCAUCCUCAACGCCGUCACCAUCAUCAUCACCAUCAUCGUCGUCGUCCACGUUAUGGUCACAAAAAAAUGAGAUUGAGAAAAGUAAAGUCAUUGAACAUCAUCAAGUCAAAGUUUCAAGUACAUUCAAGAUUAAAUUGGAAAACUAAAAACAAUAAUGAUGUUUUAUCACAAAAAUUUUUUCCUCCAUUAUAUCUUAAUCAUUCAUUUUGUUUAAAUCAAUCUAAUUUUCAUAUUGAUAAUGAAAAAUAUAUUAAAUUUAAAAAAUAUCGACAAAUUAUAAAUUUACCUAAUGUAUUAAGAGUAUUUAAUAUAAGUCAAUGGUUCAAAAUAAAGCCAACUAUAUGUCAAUCUAGUAAAAUAAAUUUAUUAAUUAUUAUAUUCUCUCCAAUAAUAGAUCAUUCAAUUCGUUAUAAAAUUCGUCAAACAUGGGGUUCAAUUAAAUAUAUUUUAAGUGAUACUAUUAUAAAUAAACAAUAUUUUAAUGGAUUAAAUAUUAUUGAACAUUUAUUUAUUGUUAAUAUUACAAAAUAUAAAUUUAAACAAAAUUCAAUUCAUAUUCAAAAUCUUUUAAAAGAAGCACAAUAUGAAAAAGAUAUUUUAAUUUUAUGUUUAAAUCAUUUACAAAAUAAUUUAGCUUCAUUAUAUCUUUUAACAAGUGAAUUCUUAUUAAAUUCUUGUAAACAUUCUAUAGAUUUUGUUUUAUUUAUUAAUCAAGAUUUAUUUCCUAAUUUAAAUGCUUUAAUACAAUAUACGAAUUCAAAAUUAUUACAUUUAACAUCGAAUACAUUAAAACAAAAUCAUAAUCCAUCUAUAUAUUGUAUACCAAUGAUACAAAAACAUAUUGAAUAUAAUAAACGAUUUAAUAAUUUAUAUAAAAAUAAUUUACCUAUAUGGCAAGGAAAUAUUUAUCCUACAUAUUGUGAUAUUAAAACUGGUGGUUUUUUAUUAUUAUUUAAAACAAUGAAACAAUGGUAUACAUGUUCUCAUUUAUAUAUACCAUUUAAUCCUAUACAAGUUUAUUUAACUGGUUUUAUAAGAUAUAUAGCUAAAAUUGAUAUUGAAAAUUAUUGGAUAAAUUAUUGGUCAAUUAGUAAUUUGUUACCAAGUGUAUCAUUAAAUAAGAAAAGUAAAAAAUAUUUAUUUUUUCAAAAAUCUAUUAAUCAAAAUAGUCGAGUAUGGAAAAGUGUAUUUCGUGCAACAUUGAGUUGAUAACACCAUAUAUAUGUAUGUACUUUUUUCUGAACCUUACUUUUGUUUCCAUUGAGUGGAAAUAUAUUAAUUCAAAUUAAUGAAUCAUUUGAAAUAAAAAUAUAAAUCAAAUUUAUUAUUUAUUUACUUACUUAGUAAUGGAUAGGACAUAGAUUAAGCAAAUCAUCUAACUGCAUCACGAGACAAGCCCUAACUUGCAAUCCUGAAGGAUAGCGAAAAAAAGAGGAAGGCCAAAGAACACAUUACGUCGGGAAAUAAAAUCAGAUAUGAAAAGGAUGAAUAACAAUUGGAAAGAGCUGGAAAGGAUUGCCCAGGACAGGGUUUGAUGGAGAAUGCUGGUAAGCGCCCUAUGCUCCUUCAAGAGGAAUAACAGGCGACCCUUUCAAUUGUAUUGAUUCAUUCAGUAGGAAUUUCAUUUACUUCAACUUUCAAUGAAUUAUAAUAUAUUUGUAUUGGUGUUCGACGCUGCAGUCGAUCAGUUUAUUCUGGCUGGAUUUGAGAACUGGAGUGAAUGCCAACUCUGGUAGGCAGGUACAUCUAGCUGACGAGUCCCAAAUGGGAAGAAGCGCAGGUCCUGGACUCCAUUAUUACCCAUCAUCCAUCGCAGUUUAUAAUUUCGGUG